GUGAAGAGCCAGAAAACUUCCGCACGAUGGCUCCAGCAAACGAUCGAGAGCAGGAGAGGUCAGGAGGAAGAGGAGAAACAGAUAAUCGGGUUCCGCAGGUCAUGCUGGACCAGGCUAGUGCAGCAGUGGCUGGCGAGAACGAUAUGUCAAGCUACACAGCUGCGGAGAGAAGGCAUAUGGGACACGACGUUGCUGUCAAUGUGCCCGACUAUGCAAUCACUCAAGCCGACUACGAUAUCCCUCCGCCAGCAUACGGUGACCAAUAUGGCACAGUCAACCAAGAGCAGGAAGGGUUUGGCACCAAAGCCAGUGUCGCCGACGAUGGGCGUGUGAACAUUCGCAUCGAUCAGCGCAGUAGACGACUCUCCCAACUCCUCGUCCCGAGCCUGAAGCAGCUCCAACAAGCCGCAGACCAGCAAGAUGCACCUCCGCCACCAUACAUUCCACCAUCACUGGGAGGUGCUGGAGAUGAGGCCCCGCCUCCGCCUAUGAAUGUCGUGAUACAGAUCGUGGGAUCAAGAGGUGACGUACAGCCUUUCGUAGCAUUGGGCAAAGUGCUGAAGGACACAUAUGGUCAUCGAGUCAGAGUUGCAACGCAUCCGAACUUCAAGGAUUUCGUUACCGAGAACGAUCUGGAAUUCUUCAGUAUAGGCGGUGAUCCUUCAGCGCUUAUGUCGUUCAUGGUCAAGAAUCCUGGUCUAAUGCCCGGUUUUGACACGCUACGUGCUGGAGACGUUGGAAUGAGGCGAAAAGAGGUUGCAGAGUACUUGCGUGGCUGCUGGAGGUCAUGCUUUGAGACCGGUGACGGCAUGGGACCUGAGGCUACGGAUGAUACGAUCGAAGACUGGACAUCACACAAUCCAAACGAGACAGACUAUCUCAAUAAGCCCUUCGUUGCAGACUGCAUCAUUGCAAAUCCUCCGAGUUUUGCGCAUGUUCACUGUGCAGAGAAGCUAGGCAUUCCCUUACACAUCAUGUUCACGAUGCCCUACUCUCCAACACAGGCUUUUCCCCAUCCGUUGGCGAACAUUCAGUCGUCGAAUGCCGACGAUCAUUUGACGAAUUACAUUUCGUAUGCUCUUGUCGAUAUGCUCACCUGGCAAGGAUUGGGCGAUGUCAUCAAUCGAUUUCGACAGCGCAGCCUUGGUCUUGAUCAGGUCAGCUUGAUGUGGGCACCUGGUAUGUUGCAGAGACUUCAGAUCCCUCAUACUUACUGCUGGUCACCGGCGCUCAUCCCAAAGCCCAAGGAUUGGGGCGCGAAUAUCAGCAUUUCUGGGUUCUACUUCCUUGACCUCGCCAAGAACCACACGCCAGAUCCUGAGCUCAAAGCCUUCCUGGAUGCUGGGCCGCCUCCAGUAUACAUUGGAUUCGGUUCCAUCGUUCUUGAUGACCCGAACGCUAUGACGCAGCUCAUCUUUGAUGCUGUGAAACUGACUGGCCAAAGAGCUCUUGUCUCUAAGGGCUGGGGAGGUAUGGGAGCAGAUGAGCUUGGGAAGCCGGACAACGUCUUCAUGUUGGGCGAUUGUCCGCACGACUGGCUUUUCAAACAAGUCUCGUGCGUGGUGCAUCAUGGCGGAGCUGGCACCACCGCUGCAGGAAUUACAGCUGGCAGACCUACAUUAGUGGUACCAUUCUUUGGCGAUCAGCCGUUCUGGGGUGCAAUGGUUGCAAGGGCGGGAGCAGGUCCAGAGCCGAUCCACCACAAGCAGCUUACUGCUGACAGUCUCGCGGAAGCCAUCAAGAAAUGUCUCGAGCCACAGACUCAGGAGCGAGCAAAAGAGUUGGCAGCCUCAAUUGCCACUGAGAAGGGCAGCGAUGUUGGCGCACAAAGCUUUCACCAAUUUCUAGAUGUCGACAAGCUUCGAUGCAGUCUGGCGCCUUCAAGGCCCGCAGUGUGGCGUAUAAAGCGUACCCAAGCACGACUCAGUGCAAUGGCAGCUUGCACUCUUGCACAAGAAGGCUUGCUGGACUUCAAUGAUCUCAAGCUUUAUCGGCCACGGGAGUAUGAGGCUGAUGAAGGGCCUUGGGACCCGAUCACUGGCGGUGCGAGUGCGCUAGUCGGAACAAUGAGCACUAUGAUGCUGGGCGUUGCAGAUUUCCCUAUUGCAACUCUGAAAGCUCUUAAAAUUCACCCUGACGCGCAGACCAAGAAACAAGGCAAAAAGCCAGAAGGCCAGCAGAAUGCCGAGAGCUCUGGUGCUAGUGUCACUUCAGGCGGCACUGGCACUUCUGCAAGGCAGACGGAGGAUGCGGCCCCUACAACGACUGGCUCUUCGUCGCCCCCACCCGCGAUGACACCAAGGAGCAAUGCCGACAAUUCAGCAACGGGCGAACAAGCCUCUCGGAGCACAAGCAGCUUCAACUUUGAGGACUCGCUUCAGCGACUCAACGCUGGACCGCUCUCGCCUGGCAUUCAGCGCGAUGCAAACGGCAAGCGGAUGAAUUCUUCAUUAGCUGAUGCUCUGAGUGGACAGCUUGGCGGCAGGCCACGGUCUCGCUCAAACAGCCGCAGUCCAACUGCAGCUCAAACAGCUUCUGGUGGUACCGACUGGAAGAGCAACUUCCAAAAUGCACAAGGCACUGCCAAGGGCGUACAUAAAAUCGUCGGGGCUGGCAUCAAAUCGCCGCUGGACUUCACGAUGGGGCUUACCCGAGGCUUCCACAACGCCCCAAAGCUGUAUGGCGAUGACACAGUCCGGAAAUCAGAGAAUGUUACGGAUUUCAAGUCUGGACUCAGAGCUGCUGCGAAGGAGUUUGGCUUUGGCAUGUACGAUGGAAUCACAGGACUAGUAACGCAACCUAUGAAAGGUGCUGCUAAGGAGGGACCAGCAGGAUUCGUCAAGGGUAUUGGCAAAGGCAUUGGCGGUAUCGCUCUCAAGCCUGGUGCUGCCUUCUUCGGUAUUCCCGGUUAUACGAUGAAAGGCGUGUACAAGGAGCUGCAGAAGCGUUCCGGAUCGAGCGUGCAGAACUACAUCAUUGCCUCUCGAACUGCACAAGGAUUCGACGAGUAUCAGAAGGCAUCGCCGGAAGAGUGCCGUGAUGUAAUCAUGCGAUGGCAGGUACUUCAAACUAACCUCAAGAAGAAGAGAAAUCCAGAUGAGAUGGUACGAGACAUUCUCAAGGAGCAAAUGGGCAAGAGAAACAGAGCAGGCACUGCCACGUCCAGCCGGCCCGCAGUCGAUCCUGAGAAUGCCAUGCUGGCCAUAGGCACACCUUCAAACGCCAUGGAUCCGGCGGAAGCUGAACAGCGGGCUAUCGAUGAAGCAAUCAGACUUUCUGUGCUUCAAACCUCACAUGGUGAUGCUGCUGAGGAUGCAAGAGUUGAGCAGGGCAUAAGGGACAACAUGGCUGAGAUCCAAAGAGUGCGCACUACGCGGGUAGACCAACAUGAGCAAGAGCAGCUACAGCAAGCCAUGGACGCAAGUAGUGCCGAGGCGGCGCGGCAUCAAACGGAGAGAGAGCAGUACGAACAAGACUUGGAGAAAGCUCUAGCACAAAGUCUGAAAGAACAACGUGGCUGGCACGACAGUGAUAGCGAAGCGGGCAUUCACAGUCCGGCUUUAUCCGAAGCAACGCUGCCCCCUCCGCCGAACGAGAAACCUCCGGAAUAUCUUCCCACCGAUACGGGGCAUCUCGCUGGGACUACGCAAGCAGAGUUUGAACGACAGCAGUCUUCUUCUGCAAAGUCUGGUGGUGCCAGGGAGAAAUCGCAGCAAGAACGUGAUGAGGAACGGAUUGUUAUGGAGUAUGUUAAGAAGCAGAGUUUGCUGGAGGAAGAGAGUAAGAGGAAUAUGAGUGGCAAGGGCGAGGAUGAGGAUGAUGAUGAGGAGUUACAGAGGGCUUUGAAGUUGAGUUUGCAAGAGGGAUUUGCUUCGGGGUCUGCUUCUGGGAGAUGAGGGAGUGGUGGGAAGAGAUGUGAUGAUGUGAAAUGAAAUGAAAUGAAAUGAAAUGGACAGGAACUUGAAUGGGCUAUGUUUUCUGCUUUGGUGUAUGGAGAUACCCCUGAUGCAAAAGAUAAAUGAUUAUUGAUCGAUCCGAGUAUAUACAUGUAUACAUAUUCGAAUUCACUG